AUGAUAGAACAAACACACGUCGUCCUUGGCCAUCUGGAUCAGUCCUCGAACUCGUCGGUCUCCGCAGACGACGACUUCGGCUUCAGUAGACUCAGCAGGUCCUGGGAGUUGGUCGACUCGGACGGUGUAGAGACUGGAGCAGCAGCGGGGGCAGCAGGCUUGAGCAGACUUAGCAGGUCCUGCGACGGCGACGGGGUCUGUUUAGGCGCGCCGAGCAGUGUGUUCAGCAAUGAGCGGCUCGCGUCCUCUUUUGCCGGGGCCGGAGGAGACGUUGGCUUGAGCAGCCCAAGAAGCUCCUGCGAGCCGUUGGUCUGUGGCUGCGGUUUCAGCAGGCCCAGCAAUUCCUGCGACCCGUUCGCCGGCGAAGGACUCUUUGGCUUGAGCAGUCCCAGCAGCUGCUGGGCGCCGUUCUCUGGUUCUGGCUUUUUGAGCAGUCCCAGCAGCUCCUUCGACCCGUCGCCCGACUCUUUCUUCUCUGGCUCUGGUUUCUUGAGGAUAUCCAGCAGCUCGGCGCCGUUUGUGGCGGGAGCAGGCGACGGUCUCUUGAGAAUGCUCAGCAGACUGGCCGAGCCUUCUUUUGGUGUCUCCUUUGGUUCCUUUGGAUCCUUUGGUUCCUCCUUUGGCCGUUGCAGGAUGGUCACCUUCUUUGGAGCAGGGUCAUCGGUCUUGUACUUCUGGAACAGACUCUGCAGGAAUCCAGACUUCUCCUUUGGCUCGUCCUUCGUGUCCUUUGGUUCGUCCUUCUUCUCUGGCCGUUUCAAAAUACUUAACAACUCCUUGCUGUCGCUGGCUCCGGACCGUUUGUUGGCGAGCGCCAGGUGCGGCUUGUCGAGCUCGGACGGCGGCGGAGCAAAGAUCUCGCUCUUCUGGUCUGUGCGCUGCGUCGAGACUGGUGGAGGAGGGAACGGAAGUCCUGGCAGCACGGGCGGAGGCAUCAUGAACGGCAUAGGGAAUGGCAUCGGGAAUGGCAUCAUGAACGGAUUAACAGGCAAUGGGAACGGCAGAGGUCCACCAGGACCUGCUGGACCCACGGGGCCGGGCCGCACAAGACCAGGAGGAAGCGCCUUGACGUCUGUGAUGGUCUCUGGUUGUUUGGUGGUGGCCACCUGUUGCAACAUGUUGAGCAGCUCUCUGCCCGGAUCGGACUUCUGCAACGGCUGGCCCACGCCCAGAAUCUUCUUGAGCUGCGCGGUGGCCUGCUUCUUGAGCUCCUCCUCUGUUUGCAGAUUCUUCUUUCUAUUAAUAAAGCUCUGGAGCUGCUGCAUCAUGGAGCUCACCAAAAACAGCGUGUUUCUGCCCUGUUUCGACAACGACUUGACCUUGCGCCAUUCAAUGGCCUUGAUCUCGUUACGCACCUUGGGCUCGAAUUGUGUCGACUCUGGAACGCCCGCCAAAACGUAG